AUGGCUGACAAAGGCAGCGUUGAAAAGUACCUUGAGAACAAUCCCCAGUUCGCCAAGGAAUACUUUGAAAAAAAGGUACAAGCCGAUGCCAUCAAGGCAGCGUUCUCUCUUGAUGUCAAGGAGGCCACCUCUUUCAAAGAUGUCAGCCAGAUCCAGGAAGCAGCCUUCAUAUUCCAAAUGAUUAAAGAACUGCAAACCGAGACCAUCAUGGAGAAGUCCUUGCACAAGGUCCUGCAGAGGAUAUGCCAGCUGGUUAAAGCAGAAAAGUGCAGCUUUUUCUUGUGCAGGUCCAGGAAUGGAAUCCCAGAGUUGACAACCCUUCUCUUUGAUGUGACCGCCACCUCCAAAUUUGAGCAAAACCUGGUUAGACCAGAUGCUGAGAUUGUGUUCCCAACUGAUAUGGGCAUAGUUGGAUGGACGGCGCAUUCAAAGAAGUCGUACAAUGUCCCAGAUGUUAAAAAGAAUUCUCAUUUCAGCGAAUUUGUGGACAAGCAGACAGGAUACACUACUAAGAACCUGCUUUCUGCUCCCGUGAUUUUUGGAAAGGAGCCCAUCGGCGUCAUCAUGGCAUUAAACAAAUCUGGUGAAAGUGAAUUCUCAAAAACAGAUGAGGAGGUUUUCAACAGUUACCUUAACUUUGUGACGGUGAUCCUCCAGCAACAUCAGACUAAUUACCUCUACAAUGUGGAGUCCAGAAAGAGUCAGUUGUUGCUGUGGUCAGCCAGCAAAGUGUUUGAGGAACUCACAGACAUUGAGCGACAGUUUCACAAAGCUCUGUACACAGUGAGAAUCUACCUCAACUGCGAGCGCUAUUCAGUCGGCCUGUUGGACAUGUCCAAGGGGAAGGAAUUUUUUGAUGAAUGGCCGGUUAAACUUGGAUUGGAGGAACCCUACAAGGGUCCAAAGACCCCGGAUGGAAGGGAAAUUCAUUUCUACAAGAUCAUUGAUUAUCUUCUCGAAGCAAAAGAAGAAAUCAAAGUUAUACCUAACCCACCAGUGGACCACUGGGCCCUUGUUAGUGGACUUCCAAGCUAUGUGGCUGAAAACGGCUUUAUCUGUAACAUGAUGAAUGCUGGAGCAGAUGAAUACUUUUCCUUCCAGAAAGAGGCUGUGGAUGAAUCUGGCUGGAAAAUAAAGAAUGUACUCUCGCUCCCUAUUGUGAACAAAAAGGAAGAAAUUCUGGGCAUUGCCACAUUUUUCAACAGAAAAGACAACAAACCAUUUGAUGAGUAUGACGAACAAAUCACUGAAACCCUGACCCAGUUUUUAGGAUGGUCUGCCCUGAACUGUGACACCUAUGACAAACUGAACAAAAUGGAAAACCGGAAGGACAUAGCACAGGAAAUGCUGAUGUACCAGACCUCCUGCACCACUUCUGAACGCCAGACUAUCCUGAAUGCUGAGGAGAAGCUUGGCCAGAAUCCAGAGGACUGCGAUGACAAAGAGCUGUAUAAACUCUUGAGAACAAACGUUCCAGAAUGCAAAGAUGUGGAACUGCUGGAGUUUCACUUCAGUGACUUUGAUCUGUCAGAACACGAGCUCAUCAAAUGCGGCAUUCGCUGCUUCUUUGAGUUAAAGGUUGUGGAGAAGUUCAAAGUACCUGCAGAGGCAUUGACCCGAUGGAUGUACACAAUUCGGAAAGGUUACCGUGACAUCACCUAUCAUAACUGGAGACAUGGCUUCAAUGUGGGCCAGACCAUGUUUGCACUCUUAAUGACAGGAAUGCUGAAGAAAUACUACUCUGACCUGGAUGCUUUCGCCAUGGUUGCAGCCGCAUUCUGUCAUGACAUUGACCAUCGGGGGACCAACAACUUAUACCAAACAAAGAGCGCCAGUCCUUUGGCCAAGCUGCACGGAAGCUCUAUCAUGGAGAGGCACCAUCUUGAGUACAGCAAGACACUAAUGGAGAAUGAGACCCUCAACAUCUUCCAGAACUUACAGAAACGCCAGUUUGAGACUGUGCAGCACUUGUUUGAUGUGUGCAUCAUUGCCACAGACUUGGCCUUAUACUUCAAAAAAAGAACGCUUUUCCAGAAAAUAGUGGAUAGCACUACCCAAAUGACUGAUGAGAAAGAAGCCAUCAACUUUGUUUCGAACAAUGCUACAAGGAAGGAAGUGGUGAUGGCAAUGAUGAUGACAGCCUGUGACCUGUCUGCCAUUACAAAGCCGUGGGAGGUCCAGAGCAAGGUGGCUCUGAUGGUGGCGGCUGAGUUUUGGGAACAGGGAGAUCUGGAGAGGAAUGUUCUGGAUCAGCAGCCUAUUCCAAUGAUGGACAGGAACCAUGCUGCGGAGCUUCCAAAGAUGCAAUGUGGUUUCAUUGAUUUUGUGUGUGCAUUUGUAUACAAGGAGUUUGCCAGGUUCCACAAAGAGGUGGCACCGAUGUUUGGUGGAUUGAUGAAUAACAGGAUGCACUGGAAGGCCCUAGCGGAUGAGCACGAAGCCAAGGUUAAAGCCGUUGAAGAGGAGAAGAAAAAGCUGGAAGGCGACGGAGGCGACGGAGGGAAGUCAAAGACCUGCACCAUAUUUUAGAUCAGCCCCCUUCAUCCUGCUAAGAGAGAAAAACGUGUGCUGCAGGGGGGAGACGUUUACGAGCCUGGAUUGUGACAAAUACUGUAAAUU